GCCAUGUCCAUCACGGUCGUCAGUUCUGCCGCACAGCUCGACUCGCUCACCUCGGACGCGUCGCGCGUGUCCAUCAUCGACUUCCACGCCGUAUGGUGUGGUCCGUGCAAGGCGAUCGCGCCCGUCUAUCAGCGCCUGGCGUCCCAGUUUCCGGCGGUCCAGUUCCUCAAGGUCGACGUCGACCAGGUGCCGGCCGUCGCUCAGCGCUUCUCGGUCAGCGCCAUGCCGACCUUUGUGGUGCUCAAGGGCUCGAACAAGGUGGAUGAGAUGAAGGGCGCCAACCCGGCCGGGCUCAUGCAGCUCGUCAAGAAGCACGCGCCGACUAGCGCAUCGGCGUCGUCGAGUGGACCGCAGGCGCCGCAGGAGAAGGGCCUCGAGGGCUUCACCUCGCUCAACUCGCAGGUCGACCAGAGCCAGGUGCACUGCUUGAACGAGUCGGCGGAGCACACGCUCAAGGGCUUGCUGCGCGGCGGCGGCGACAAGUGGCUCGAGUCGGACGCCGACGAGCAGCUCCUGCUCCAGAUCCCGCUGCAACAGGCGAUCAAGCUCCGCGCCCUCCGCUUCACGACCCUCCCCUCUCACCUCGCCCACGCCCCCAAGACGGUCCGCCUCUUUGUCAACGCGCCGUCGACCGACUUUGACACGUCGGCCGAGCCGGCGCAGGAGGUCGUCCUCGACGAGGAGCAGGCCAAGGGCAACAAGUCGGUCGAGCUGCGCUUUGUGCGCUUCCAGAGCGUCACCCACCUGAGUGUCUUUGUCGUCGACAACCAGGGCGGCGAGGACGUGUCGCGCAUCGACAAGCUCGAGCUCGUCGGGCUCGAGGUGGCCGGAACCCGCAUGAGCGACUUGCAGAAGCCCGAGGAGGAGUGAUUCGGCGCGCAAUACAGCGUAGCACGACAA